AUGCAGGGAGCCAACCUCUCAGCAGUGACCGAAUUCAUCCUCAUUGGCUUCUCCACCUUCCCCCACCUUCAGCUGACGUUCUUCCUGCUGUUCCUGCUGAUGUACCUGUUCACGCUGCUGGGGAACCUGCUCAUCAUGGCCACCAUCUGGAGGGAGCGCAGCCUCCACACACCCAUGUACCUCUUCUUGUGUGCCCUCUCCACCUCUGAGAUCCUCUACACUUUUGCCGUCAUCCCACGCAUGCUGGCCGACCUGCUCUCCACCCACCACUCUAUUGCCUUCUCGGCCUGUGCCAGCCAGAUGUUCUUCUCCUUCACAUUUGGCUUCACCCACUCCUUCCUGCUCACUGUCAUGGGCUAUGACCGUUAUGUGGCCAUCUGCCACCCCCUGCGCUACAACGUGCUCAUGAGCCCCGGUGGCUGUGCCUGCCUGGUGGUCUGGUCCUGGGCUGGUGGCUUAGUCAUGGGGCUGGUGGUGACAUCAGCCAUUUUCCACCUCACCUUCUGUGGACCCAAUGAGAUACACCAUUUUGCUUGUCAUGUGCUUCCACUCUUGAAGUUGGCCUGCGGAACUGAUGUACAUGUAGUGGCCAAGGGUGUGGGUCUGGUGUGUCUUUCAGCCCUUCUGGGCUGCUGCCUCCUCAUCCUUCUCUCCUAUGCCUUCAUCGUGGCUGCCAUCUUGAGGAUCCCCUCAGCUGAGGGCAGGCACAAGGCCUUCUCCACGUGUGUGUCCCAUCUCACUGUGGUGGUUGUGCACUAUGGCUUUGCUUCCAUAAUCUACCUCAAGCCCAAGGGUCCUCAGUCUGUGGAAGGAGACACGCUGAUGGGCAUCACCUACACGGUGCUCACUCCCUUCCUCAGCCCCAUCAUCUUCAGCCUCAGGAACAAGGAGCUGAAGAACACCAUGAAUAAGACCUUCAGCAAACUCUACCCAGAAACAAUGUGA